CCCUGGGUUGGGGGAGGUUUGAGGAGCACCACUUUGAUGUCAAAUUCUGGGCCACAAGUACCCAUAGCAUGCCAUAUAUGGGUCCUUCUGCCCCCCUCAUUGCAUCUGUGACCUCUGACCCCUCCAGUGACCUCUGACCCCUCUGGGAGCGCUCCCUCCCCAGGGGCCCGUUUGCUCAUCCAGGGUGGAGGGUAGCAAUGGAGCUGGGCAGCCACUUCCAGACCUUUGAGGACUUCAGGGACUGCUUCAGUGCCUACAAGAGGGAGAACAAAUGCACCUUCGGGCUGAGGGACUGCAUCUCCGUCCGCUUCCAUAACCUCAACCAUGGCACCUCCAUCCGUGAGGACAUCACGUAUAUGCAGGUGAAAUUUGUUUGUACCCGAGCCCAGUCAUACAGAAAGCAGAAGGCAGAGCCCAGCAUGUGCCCAGCAUACUUAGUCCUGCAGUAUGAUGAGGAAUUAGACAGACUGUUUAUCAGUGAACUGAACACCCAGCACAUCCAUGUUGAAACCAAAACUGCUGCUGUCCCACGAGCUGGCUCUUCUCCUGGACGGAAAGCCUCAGAACUGUGUAGGAACUCCCAGGCGGAUCCCUCUGGCAAAUUUCAGUCAAAACUGUGGUGGGUGGAACCCCAGCAUGGGAAGACCACCUCUAAGGACACUGGGAUGGCAAAGAAAUCCAUAGCUGAGCCCUCCUCUUUCCCCCAUGAUGGCCCUGUACUUCCUGAACUGAGGCAAGAGGGCAUCACCUCUUUGGACCUGGCUUAUGUGGCAGAAGUGAUGAAGAAUUUCCUUAAGGCAGACAUGGGAUCCAUGGCAUCUCUCAGUGUGGGCAGCAACCAAGACCUUGACCGAUUCAGCUUCCAGAGCAGCAAGAUGCAGGACCUUUUUGUUCGUUUCCCAGAGAACCUCCUGCUCCACCGGGUUGAAAAUGCACAUGGUCAUGUGCUUUAUGCCUUCCUGGUAGAAAGCAAGGAGCGGGAAGGACGGGUGGUACACUUUGCGGUGCUCAGAGAAGAGACAUCUUCCUCUGUCGCCAAGAUGCUGAGUGUCUUCACUGAGUUCAAUUCUGACUGGUCCAAAGUCCGGGUCAUCUUUGUGGAACCAUCCUUCCAGCACCGCGAUGUGGUGCAGGAGCUGUUCCCGUUAGCUCGUGUGCUCCUCUCCAUCUACCACACAACUCGCCUCCUGGAGAAGAAGCUGCAGAGGAGCCGGGCCAGUCAGCCCUUCAAGCACCUGAUGAAGGAGGCUUUGCGGGAAGCAGUAUUUGUGGCCUCAGGCCCUGGCCUACAGAAACUCUCUAGGAUGGCAGAGACCCUCCUAGACAAGGACCUCUAUGGGUACCUGCAGGUCCACUGGUUCUCUUGUGAGCUGCUUUGGUAUAUGCAUGCCAGGAAGGGUCUUCAUGCCUGUAGUACCUACAUGGAUAGCCUUGACCUGGUUACAAGUAAAGUAUCUAGUCUCUUCAGGGAACAGCAGUCCCUGGUGGGCUGCAUUUUGCGUUUUGUGGAUUAUGUUGACUUUUUCAACACCAAACGACCGAAGAACCCGCCCCAACCUCUCCCUAGUGGGGGGCGGGCUAAGCCAAAGGGUUAUAUUCCUUUGAGACCCAAGGGAGGCACAGAUAGUUACGUAUCGAACCUGUCUAAAACAUCCAAGCUUCCUAAUAAAGCCACCUGCCUCUAUCCUCAGCAGCCACAACAAAAGCCACAAGUGCAGCAGGCCUUUUGGGGUGACAUGCUCGAGGCUUUGCACAAGAACAGCUCUGAGCUUGCCUACCAGCUCUGCCAUAAUGAGUGGGAGGUUGUGCAGAAUUCUACCCAGCUGGUAGAAGCAGCUGGCUGUGCAGCAGAGGUCCAGUUGCUGGAAGACUCUCACCAGGUUAGCAAGGACAAUUGCACUUGCAGCUGCUCCUUCCAGCAGCGCUAUCACUUACCGUGCCGCCACAUCCUCGCUGUGCUCCACACCAACAAGGAGCCUGUAGGGGAGGCCAUGGUGUGCAGGCGGUGGCAGAAGAGGUACCAGCACCUCCUUGGGCCCCUGGGGGAGCUGCGGGAUCCUAUCAAAGACCUGAACAUUAACCAGGCUUGGGAAGAGGGGAGAGGGGAGGUGAUCCAGAGCCUCAGCAGGGAGCUGGCCAAUCUGCUGAUGCAGAGUGAAGGGGCAGAGCUGGAGGAACGCUGUUCCACUUUGGGAAAGAUUGUGGACAUAUGGGCUGAGCCUUGUGAGCUGACAGAGAUUGACCAGCAGCUGGGAGACUACAGCGAUGUAGGGCAUCUCCCUUUUCUCUGGGUGAAGCAGGAGGAAGCUGAGAGGCUCCCUCAUUCUGGGACCACACUACUCCUAGACUGAGGCUCCUAAUAAAGCCAAAGAAAGCAGAACAGGAGUGGGACUAGCACACACCAAACCCCUCCUUUCUCGUUUUGUUUUGUUCAUCCCCAUCUUAUCCCAAGCAGGGCUAAUGAAUUGAGAGAUGAGACCACACUUUUGUCCUCAGCUAGUCAGUACCACUGGUGUGUCUUAACUGGGCUGGCCCUCAGGAUUAGGAAAGGGCCUAAAUGACCUAUUCCUUUUUCUUGGCAUCCUUCUUGUCCCAAAGGUUGAAUGUGUUCAAACAAAGUUGUGUUCAUGUUGAGGGAUCUCUUACGUAGGUCAGUUCCUGCCCAUUCUGAGGCCGAGACUCCCCUUCUCCAGAAUAGAUCUAGUCAGGAUCUAGCAAGGGAACUGCUCAGGAAAGAAGGGAGAAAAGGUAGUUUCUGGAUGUUGCUGCUAUACACAGAGAUUGUCACUCUACCGGUCGUCUUCGCAAUAUUAAUAAAAGUUGUUUGAUUGUUUUUUUUUAAUAA